AUGAUUGACAACAGUGAUUCCGAGGUGACUAUCGCGAGAGUCCGGAUGUUCCGUCGUCUGCUCGCCUGGAACGUUUUGCAACGACUGGCCAUGGGACAGCGGGAAUGUAAGGCCAACAACACGCUACCGUUGCUCAAAACGGCCAAAGGUACACGGGAUUACGAUCCGGCCGCAAUGGCACUGCGUCAGCGAGCUCUAAAGCAGGUGUGUAGUGUGUUCGAACGCCACGGUGCCGUCACGAUUGAUACGCCCGUGUUCGAGCGCCAAGAGCUACUCCGUGGAAUGUACGGUGACGACGCGAAGCUUAUCUACGACCUGCAGAACCAGGGUGGUGAACUGUUGGCGCUGCGUUACGAUUUGACCGUCCCGUUUGCCCGUUACCUCGCGAUGAGCAACAUCGGCCACAUCAAGCGGUACCAAGUAGGGAAGGUGUACCGACGGGACAAUCCACAGAUUGGCCGCGGCCGGUACCGUGAGUUCCUGCAGUGUGAUUUCGACAUCGCCGGCACGUACGAUCCGAUGCUACCGGAUGCCGAGUGUCUGAAGGUGUUGGUCGAAAUUCUGGACACGCUGGCCGUCGGUGACUUUAACGUGAUGGUCAACCACAGGAAAUUGCUGGACGGGAUUUUCGGUGCAUCGGGAGUGCCGGUGAAUAAGUUCCGUACGAUCGGAUCCUCGGUCGAUAAACUGGACAAGCUACCGUGGGAUGUGGUGCGCGAUGAGAUGAUCAAACAGAAAGGACUCGAUGAGGUGACGGUGGAUCUGAUCAGAAGCUACGUCACGCUCACUGGUGGUGUUGAGUUGAUCGACCAGCUUGAAGAGGACACUCGGUUGAAGCGUUUUAAGAACGCAAUCGUGGGGUUGCAGGACAUGCGACUGUUGUUGAAGUACUGCGAGCUGUUGGGAGUGAAGGAUCGCAUUACCUUCAACCUAAGUCUGGCCCGUGGACUGGAUUACUACACGGGAAUCAUCUUCGAGGCAGUGCUGCUUACGACAGACGAGAGCUCCGUCGGAUCACUGGCCGGUGGUGGACGCUACGAUGACCUGGUGGGCACGUUCAACCGCAAAGGCCAACAGAUACCGUGUGUCGGAGUGUCGAUCGGAUUCGAGCGCAUCUUUUCGCUGCUCGAGAGCAAGGCAUCGCGAUCAAGUGAUCAGCAGAAGGUGCGCAUCGCCAAGACACAAGUUUUCGUCGCUUCCGCUCACAAGGGUUUGCUUUUGAAGCGCCUGGAGAUCCUCAACAUGCUCUGGGGUGCUGGAAUUAAGGCGGAACAUUCGUAUAAACGCGAUCCCAAACUGUUGGCGCAGCUUCGAUACUGCGAGGGGCAGCACAUUCCGUACGCUCUGAUCCUGGGUGACGCCGAACUGGCUCGUGGCGUUCUGAAACUGCGUUCGGUUGUUGAUCGGCAGGAGGAGGAACUUAAGCUCGACUCGUUUGUCAAUGAGGUGCAGGAUCGGCUGAGCAAGGAAUGCGAUUAGGGGAAACAUAAGA